AUGAAAGCAAUAUUUAUAGUUAUCUAUCUAGUAAUUUUAUUAUUUUAUGCUCCUUAUUUUCAUGCAAGAGAGGUGUUUUAUGCUCGACAAGGAUCAGGUUGCCAAGUUCAUUGUGGGACAUCAGACUUCCCUUUCCCAAACAUUCAAGCAGCCAUUGAAGCAAUAUCACAUGUAGAUAAUCCUAUCCUUAUAUUGGAACCAGGUUUAUAUCAAGGUGACCUAAACAUUGAAAUUAAUCUCGAUUUUAGUUUAGAUAUAAGAUCAUCCCAUGGCUUAAAUCAAACCAAAAUAGAUUGUCAGUCUUUGACUUAUGCAUUUUUUAUUACUGGAGAAUCAGUCUCGAUCCAAGGUAUUACAAUAUCCAAUUGUUUUUCCAAUUACGGAGGUGCUAUUAAAAUACAAGGUACUAAUGUGUAUUUGGAUAGCGUUGUUCUCUUUAACAACUCUGCUCUUGUCGGUGGUGCAAUCCAUGCCUCUUCAUCAAACGUAGAGAUUUCAAAUUCUCAAUUCCACCACAACACUGCAAUAGUUGAAGGCUCUGCGCUCUCAUUCAACUCCUCAACUUCCAACAUUGUCCAGACCCUAGUUAAAUACCCAACCCUUGUUUAUGCAGGUAAUACUAGUUGUGAUGGCAUUUCAACAAUUACUAAAUCUUUUGUUCCAUACCCAAAGUUGGACUCAUUUAUGGAUGAUAUUCAGUGCCCAGUUUCAGGAGUAAUGAAGUCGUUCAUUCAAGUGAACGAAACCUUUUCAUAUGACUUCCAUCUUUUGGCAUCAAACAUUGGUGUUGCGGUAUAUAUUGACAAUGUGCUACUGUUCAAUUCAUACUUUGUCACUGAAAGUAUUGACUCUGAAAGAUCAAUUAUUCUUGGGACAAACCAAAAUCACAAAGUUAUAAUCUACCUUUUUUCUAUAACUUCUGGCACCCGUUCAUUCAGUUUGACUUGGAGACGAACUGACCGACAGAGUUUCCAACCUAUUGUGUCGUAUUCAAUAGAGGAUAACUAUCCUGCCCCAUGGUGUGGUGACGGUAUAUGUAACGAGAUUCCUGAAAGUUGUCUCCGUGACUGCUUUGAGCAAAUAGCGGUAGAGUGCCAGGCCCAGGCAACCCCAAAACCUCUUUAUGAAAACUAUAAAAAGGAUUCUGACAUUGUUGGUAGUCUACUCAACAACCAAUACAGGUUCACUUUGCCUGGUCUCAACUUCAUGGGACACGGUGUUGACCUCUUGUCAAUGAAGGAAACUGCGGCUCCAUUAUUUAAUCUUGGGUAUUGCACUGGCGAUCCCAUAACUACUGCCCAAGAUCUUCCACAUGGACUGGUCUAUACAAUUCCAAAGGGAUUUUCUGGUCAUAUUAAUUCCAAAUGUGAAUAUGAAGCCAAAUCUGAAUCAUAUUCAUCUGCUCAGGAAAUGUCGUAUGAAAAAUCAGUAAACAUGGGUCUUGAUACGUCAUUAAGUGGAAGUGGAGGUUGGUUUACAAAAGUGUCCUUAUCGAUGUCAAUGUCGAUUAGUGAAUCUGUCCAAGAAGCAAAAGAGUUGGAGUCACAAACCUCAGGAUCUAUCUUUUCAACAGAAAUGAAAUGCGAAGUUUCAAAAGUUCAAAUGUCGUCGUUUAAUUUCCACCCAAAGUUUGUCCAAGACAUCUCACAAGUUUUUGACACUGAAGCUAUGAAAAAGGUUGUCAAAAAAUAUGGAGUCUUCUACAAAAAAUCUGCCACUUUGGGUGGUUCAUUAGAACAAAUCACAAGUGUUUCCUCGUCGCUUAUCAACUCAAGAUCUAGCAAUUCACUUGACAAAAGUAUGUCACUAUCGUUUGACGCAUCCGUUUCCUCAAGUGCUUUUGGGGCCAGCGGAAGUGUUAGUUUGGCUGGCUCUUUAACGUCUCAGGUUUCUGAAGAAGAGCAAUCUCAAUACGAAUCAAAUACAGAAAGAACGACCCUCAUCGUCAAAGGUGGUGCACCUGGCUCUUAUGGUGCCAAUACCCAAGUACCAUUGCAAAAGUGGCUAAAAUCUGUUCCUUUGAACCCCGUUCCAAUUGAUUUCCAAGUUGGUUUGGUGUCCGACAUUAUUCCUUCGGAAUGGUACUCUUCCAAUCAAACUAAUAUAAAACAACUUUGGAUUCAAGCCCAGGAAGAACUCUAUUCGUCGAUCUUUUGGGAAUCUUAUUCCAAUCCUUUGUUUCAACAACCAAACACUACAAGCCCAAACUUUACCCCAAUUGUCUGGGUGGCAGGAUUUUAUUCCUCGGUUCCCUCGUUCGAUUUCUCAGCAAACUUAACUUUCACAAGUGAGAACAAUGUGACCUCAAAGAUUAACAAUCUGAAAGUAUUGUCAAUGACUCCUACCUCUAUGGAUUUCCCUCAAGGGGUAGGAAUAAAAUCUCUCGAUAUUGGAAUUAUUAAACCAUCAAGUAUUAUUGUCAAUAAUAGGACCAAUUGGGCUAAUUCUCCAUCGAAUUGUGCUUUUUCGGAUCCUUCAACAAACGAAUUUUAUGACCUCGGAGAUUUAAUCAAAUUCAAUGGAAACUUUUAUUCGAUGAGAAAUGGCACUGGAGGAGCUGGUGGUAUCUAUUUGAAUAUCGUGAACCUUUGUGACACUCUCUGGAUUUGUACCUCCAAUGUAACAGGUUCUUCAAAUGGAGAUUUGGUAGGAUGCCAAUUUGACGACCAAAGAAGCGACAAAUUGUAUAGUUAUCCCACUGGUGAUGCAAACAAGUUUACAAACAUCACAAGAUAUCAGAAUGGAACUGACCGUGGCCUAACAAUUACCUACUCUACCCCAAAAACAUAUCCCAAUCAAGGCAAUUGUUAUGAUACAAGAACAUUGAAGGUUCAUGUGGUCUGUGACCCCGCAGUCAAUGACGGAUCUUUGACUCGAUAUUGGGAGGACGAAACCAAAAAAUUUUCCAAAGAAUCAGUGUCAUUGGUUUGUGAAGAGAUGGUACUCACCGAAUACAGAAGAUUCGAUGAAUUGGGUGGAGUAAUUACCUUUGAUCCCAAACAGUACCCAGGCAGAAUCAUAGGUGUAAAGCUUCAACCAAUUCCAUACUACAAAAAUAUGAACAUAAACUUUACGCUCUCAGUCGACUCGCUCUCUGUCGUCCAACAAUGCCCAGACCGCGAGGAAAUAUCAACCAAUUGCGUAGACGACACUUACACAAGUAUCACAAAUGGCUAUUCCAAGGUUUAUGUAUCCACAACAACAAAACCAUAUGUGGUUAAUAAUUUAGACAGAGGCCCUGUUUUUAUUCCAAUCGACCCAAUGGGGAAAUCCAACUCUAAAUAUUAUGAUUUACUCAAUCGUUAG